GCUAGUCGUCGUAGUAAACAACAAGAGGAGGAGCACUAGGCCUAGGGUUGAAGAAGAAGAAGAAGAAGAAGAAGAAGAAGAAGCUGGAUGUGGAACUGAAACUAAUCUGGGCUCUGCAGCAGAGCAGAAUGUUUAACCACAUUCUGCUCUGCUCGUUCGUACCUUAACUGUGUAUCAAAGUUGCAAACUACUGUAGGUGACAUACACCCACUCCACCCCACCCUCUGCUUCUCCCGCUGACAGACACGGAGAGAGAUAGAGAGAGGGAGAAAAUCCCCAACCCCCCAAGGAGAAUCGAGAAACCCUCUCCUCUCCUCUCCUCUCCGGACCGGAUCGCCGCCGCCACCACCCGCGACCGCGAGGUACCCCCAAGGCAGCGAUCCAGGCCAGGCGAGGAUCAUGGAUGAGCCGGAGGAGCAACAAGAACAAAUCAAGACACAGGAGAUGCAGGCGGAUGGGGAUGCUGCUUUCUCUCUGCCGCCCGAUGCUCCUCCCACACUCCCCAACAAUCGCCGCCGCGGCAGACCAACCAACAAGAGGCCCCCGCGAAACCCGCUUGGGAGGCCCAGGAGCCACAAAAACCCUGAUUCACACCCAUCCCCACAGCCAACCACCGCUAUCAAGAGACCGCUGGGGAGGCCGGGGAAGGACAAGCAGCCACCAGCCUCUCCUCACCCGACCCCGACCCCGAUUGCAAGGAGGACCAGGGCAGCCACAGCAUCUCCGCACACCCAAGCUGGGCCCAGGACCACAAUGCCGGCGGAGAAGCUGCUAGCAGCAGCAGCAACAACAAUGUCUGCCGGUGCUGCGUCCAGGGGAACCAAGAGGCCACGCGGGAGCCCAGCACAGGGGACGCCGAUGUCCGCUCCUACAAAUGGGCUCAAGAGAGGGCGAUGGAUGCCAGAAAACAACAUGCCAGUUGCUGCUGCGUCCGCGGGGAUCAAGAGAGGGCCUGGGAGGCUGAGGAAGGAGAAGCCAGCGGCAGCAAUGUCUACUCAAGCUGGAGGUGCUGCGUCCGCAGGGAGCAAGAGAGGGCCUGGGAGGCCGAGGAAGGAGAAGCGAGUACCAAGAAUGUGCGCUCAAAGGGUCGGGAGGCCGAGGAAGGAGAAGCCAGUGGCAGCUCAAGCUGGAGGUGCUGCAUCAGCGGGGAUCAAAAGACGGCCUGGGAGGCCAAAAAAGGAGAAGCAAACAGCAAUGCCUGCUGAAGCUCAAUAUGCCUCAUCGGCCGUGGAACCCAACAUAGGGGCUGUGCAGCAAGAAAUGGAGAAGCAAACAGCAGCUGCAAUGCCUGCUGAAGCUCAAGAUGCCGCAUCGGCAGAACCCAACAUAGGGGCUGUGCAGCAAGAAAUGGAGAAGCCGGCAGCAGCAGAAGCUACUCGUCGUCGUAAACAAGAGGAUGAUCUGGCAUCAGCAGGGAAGAAGGCACGGGCUGAAGAAGGUGUAGCUUCAGGGGACGGGGAGGAAACAACUAGGGUUGUAGAUGAUGUAUGUGUGCUGAUUUCUCAAGAGAACACAACGAGUGCUGCUGCUGUGGACACUGCUGAACCUGAGAAUGUUGCUGUUGAUGCUGGAGGCACGACGACUGAAGCUCACCUGGGCUCGGCAGAGAACAUGGAGAGUGCUGCUCCUGUCGAGGAAGGAGGUGAAACUGAAUCUAUCCUUGUGUCUGGAGAUAAAGCAGUGAGUGUCCCUAUCGUGGCAGGAGGCGCCAUGACUGAAGCUAACCUUUGGUCUGUGGAGAAUGCAGCAAGGGCUGCUGCUGUUGAGGCUGGAGUCGUCAUGACUGAAGCUCACCUGGGCUCGGCAGAGAACAUGGAGGGUGCUGCUCCUGUCGAGGAAGGAGGUGAAACUGAAUCUAUCCUUGUGUCUGGAGAUAAAGCAGUGAGUGUUCCUAUCGAGGCUGGCAGAAGCUAACCCGGGGUCUGUGGAGAACGCAGCGAGUGCUCCUGCCAAGGCUGGAGGCGCCAUGACAGAAGCUAACGUCGGGUCUGCGGAGAACUCAGUGAGUGCUCCUGCCGAGUCUGGAGGCACCAUGACUGAAGCUAACCCGUGGUCUGUGGAGAAUGAAGCGAGUGCUCCUGCUGAGGCUGUAGGUGUGACUGAAUGUAGUCUGGGCUCAGCACAGAUUGCAUUGGCGAUUACCGCUGCUGUUGAGGCUGUAAGUGGGACAGAAUGUGAUCUGGGCUCUGCAGAGAUGGCAUUGGCAAGUGCUGCUCCUCUCGAGGCAGUAGGUGUGACCAAAUGUAAUCUGGGCACUGCAGAGAUGACAUUGAAGAGUGUUGCCGCUGUUGAGGCUGUAGGUGAAACUGAAUCCAACCUUGGCUUAUCAGAGAACGUGGAGAGUGCUCCUGCCGGGGCUGGAGGCGCGGUGAUUGAAGCUAAACUGGUCUCUUCAGAGAACGUGGACGCUGCUGCUCCUAUGGAGGCUGAGUCUAUCAUGGGCUCUUCAGAGAAGACAGCGAGUUGUCGUGCCGAGGCUGGAGGCGCAACGACUGAAGCUCAGCUGGGCUAUACAGAAGGGAAUGCUCGUGUGGACGCUGCGAGUGCUUGUGUCGCCGAGGCCGGAGGCGCAACGACUGAAGCUCAGCUGGGCUAUGCACAAGGGAAUGCUCUUGUGGACGCUGCGUAGAACACAGCGAGUGCUUGUGUUGUGGAGGCUGGAGGCGUGACGACUGCAUCAAACCUGUGAAGAUUCUGGGAAUUUGUAGUUGAGCGCUGCUUGGACUGACUGAGAAGAUUACCGGUACUUUGGGUUUGGUUACUGUAAUAGUUAGUAUUAACUAGUAAGUAGUUUAAUGGUCAUGGAAAUGGAAAUGGAAAUGGAAAUGAUGGUUGGAGUAAUGCGUUUGGGGACAUGGUAUGGUAUGGUAUGGUAUGCUAUGCUAGGUUUAUAACUAAGUAAACUAAUGUGAUUCCCUGGGUUAGUGUGGACUGCUGCUAAAUGAAAUGAAAUGAAAUGAUGAGGAGGCUGUAUGUA